UCUUCUUGUAGAAAGGUGCAGAACUUCUAAUAAUCUCUAAUAAUCCUCUUAUAAAGCGUUUGUAUUGACAUAUCUUAGUCCUGGUGAUGCAGCCGCCGGUGGUUGACUUUUCUACCUGGUCUACUUCCUUGUGGGCGGAGCUACAGAUGCUAAGCUAAUCAGAUCAGAGCUCACACAUGCUGAGAGGCUGCUGGAGGAGGAAACGUUCAUUCAGAAGCUGCUCACCUUUACCUGCCGUCUGCUCCCUUAUAACCAGGAGAAACUGGAGGUUUAACUGGAUUUAAGGGCCGUUUGUUGUUGUUGUUUUGUUGUCGGAGCAGGAAGCCGUUUGUUGUUGUUGUUUUGUUGUCGGAGCAGGAAGCCGUUUGUUGUUGUUGUUUUGUUGUUGGAGCAGGAAGCCGUUUGUUGUUGUUGUUUUGUUGUCGGAGCAGGAAGCCGUUUGUUGUUGUUGUUUUGUUGUCGGAGCAGGAAGCCGUUUGUUGUUGUUGUUUUGUUGUUGGAGCAGGAAGCCGUUUGUUGUUGUUGUUUUGUUGUCGGAGCAGGAAGCCGUUUGUUGUCGGAGCUGCAGGAGUGAAAGUGUCUCUUCGUUCAUGGAAAGUUAAAGCGACCGAGACACUUUCAGCUUCACGUUUGUCGUCGUGUUGGAUGGAAGAGUCGAGUUUAUGAGCUUUGGGUGAAUUUCUGACUGCAGCUGUGGAGAUUCCAACGUCUUCAGUGAUUAUAAAUGGAAGUAAAAUUGUCUAAAAAUGGUGGAUAAACUGUUUCAGUACAGACAGGUGGAAGAAGUACUCUUUCUAUGUAAAAUGAUUCAAGUCUUGGCAUUAAAAUAUACUUAAACUACCCAAAGAAAGAGUACUAAUUGUGCAGAAUAAUGUAUAUUAUUCAUUAGAAUAACUCAAUGAAGUACUUGAGAAUAAUCUAUAUUGCUGAAUUAAUGUUAAUUUCUGACUUAAAAGUAAAAGUUUAAUCAUUGUUAUAGGUGUAGAUAAUGGGGGAAAUAGUUAAAAUGAUGGCUUAUUUAUUAAACUUUAUCUUAAGUGUCAAUAUUUUGUAAUAUUGGAUGUAGAUGGUAGCUCAGUUAAUGUCAGUGGAAUGGCUAAAAAUGAAAGUUUAAUCGUUGUUAUAGCUUUAGCUAAGAGAGGAAAUGGUUAAAUUAAUAGAUAUUUUAUUUAAGUAUGACUUAUUUAUAAUAUUGGGUGUAGAUGGUGAUUAGAGCUCUGUUCAUGUUGGAAUCACUAAAAAUAAAGAGUGAACCAUUUCAAAAACAGUUCAAAAUAAUUUAACAAUGGAAGUAGCUCCAGAAAAUGUGAAAAUUAUUCUAUUAAAAACAUAAUCAGUGGUGGUCAAUACUAUCUGAAAUAGUAGAACUCCUAAAAACGUACAUUUAAUCAAGAAAAUGCUGUUAAUUCAUCAUAAUAAAUAACCAGAAUAUAGUUGUUGUACUGAGUGGGUUGGCUCUAAUGUAAAUGCAGGAUAAAGCUGUUUUCAUCCAUCUAUUGACUGAUUGAUCUGCCUGAUGUUGUUCUGUGAUGGGUGGAGGUAUGUCCAGCUCCAGGGGUUCACCUGACCAGCUGUGUCACAGGUAGAGUGUCCAGGUGUACUUUUCAUCCAUCAGCACUGAUACAGGUGUAGUUGUAGCUUCAGGUGUGUUCAGAGGUUUCAACAGGACUCAAACUGGAGGAUCCUCAGGUGUUUUUAACGUAGACAGCAUCUGUAGUGGUUUCUGUUGGUAAACGGGUACAAAGUGUUAAAUGACGUCUGAAGCAGUCAAAGGAGCGUCCAGGUGUGUUCAGGUGUGUGAUGAGCUGCAGGUGACAUCAUGUCAGUAGGAGGGAGUCUCAGUGGACUGUGGGUGAAGAGGAAGUACAGGAGAGAAUCUUCCAACACUUCCUGGUUCAAGAUUGUGGGGCUGCUGAUGGAGCUGGAUGCUAUGAAGGUCCAGUAUGAGAGGAUGGUGUCAGAUCUGCUUCACUGGAUCAAAACCAAGGUGGUGCAGCUGAAUGACAGAAGAUUCCCCAACUCUCUGAGAGAGAUGCAGACACUGAUGACGGCUUUUAAAACCUACAGAACUGUGGAGAAACCUCCUAAAUACCAGGAACGAGGAGCGAUUGAAGCUCACCUGUUCAGCCUGAAGACUCAGCUGGCAGCCAACAACCAGCGGGCCUACAAUCCUCCAGAAGGUAAAACCCUGAGGGACAUCGAGAAGAGUUGGGUUUUACUGGAGAGAGCUGAACACGAGCGAGAACGAGCCCUGCAGGAGGCGCUGCUCCGCCUGGAGAACCUGGAGCAGCUGGCCCAGAAGUUCAACAGGAAGGCGGCUCUGAGGGAGGGUUACCUGGAGGACACGCUGCGUCUGAUCCGGAGGCAGGACAUCCGAGGCCUGUCCACGCUGGAGGAGGCUGUGGCGGCCGGUCGGCGUCUGGAGGCUCUGUCCACCGACGCUCUGGCCAGAGAGCCUCGCUUCACGGCCCUCAGAGACAUGGCUAAAUCCAUCCAGAGAGGAAACUACCACAGCAAGGAGCAGGUCAUUAGGAGGGAGGAGAACAUCAGCUGCCGAUGGAAGGACCUGCUGCAGCAGCUCCAGGAGCAGAGGGGGCUGCUGGGAAAUGUAGUCGACACUCUGAGCAUCCUCAGAGACAUCGAGCUCGUCUCCCAGGAGCUGAAAGAGCUGCAGUCCCAGGCGAGCUCCUCUGAUCUGGGGAGGCAGCUGGCCGAGGUGGAGUCUCUGCUGCAGAAACAGGACCUUCUGGAAGCUCAGAUCUCCUCUCACGGUGAAACCAUCGCCUCCAUCAGCAGCAGAGCGCUCAAGGGGAAAGUCAGAGACGGUCAGCAGAUCCAGAGCAGAGUGAGAGCUCUGGACGCUCAGUACAAGUCUCUGGUGUCUCUGAGCAGCAGCAGGAGGAGGCAGCUGGAGGCUCAGCUCCGGCUCUUUGAGUUCUUCUAUGACGGUGAGGAGCUGGAGGCCUGGCUCUACGAACGCUGGGUGAAGCUGCAGACCGCCGGACUGGGACGAGACCUGAACCACAUCCAGCUGGCUCAGCACAAACACAAGGUGCUGGAGGCGGAGCUCCAGGCCCAGGAGUCUCUGUACCAGGGGGUUCUGGGUCGGGGUCAGGACCUGAUGUCCAAGCAGAGCCAGGAGAGCCAGCGGGCCAUCCAGAAGUGGAUCAGAACCUUAAAGAAGCAGUGGAGCCAGCUGACAGAGGAAGUGACAUCACGGCGCAACAGGCUGCAGGCCGCCACCACCAUCAAACAGUACUUUGCAGACGUGGCCGAGGCUAACUCCUGGCUGGGCGACAGGAAGCCGCUGCUGACCAGCGAGGAUCAUGGGAAGGACGAGUCGAGCACCGGGCUGCUGCUGCAGCGCCACCAGAGGCUGGAGAAGGAACUGUCGGCGUACGCCUCGGAGAUAAAGAGGCUGUCGGAGCAGGCCAAGAGUGCCGCUCAGCUGACGGCUCUGACUGCGGAACCUCAGCAGAUUAAGAUGAUCCAGUACAGCGACUCUUCCAGCGACGAGGAGGCGGGACCAGCAGCUGUGACCUCAUCACCCAAAGCCCGGAGUGGGAGGGGCUCUGUAAGCUCCGCCCCUCAGAGCGAGCCGAGCAGAGCCACGGUCCGGUUCAGAUACGGCCGAGGUCAGUUCCCGUGGGAUCGUAAUGAGAUGGUGACGAUCGUCGGCCCUGGGCCCGACGAAGACAAAGUUCUGGCCAAAGACAGUCGAGGAAACCAGCAGGUCAUCCCCAAAACCUACCUGACCCUGCUGCCGGCCACGGCUCCUCCCCCAACCCCGCCUGUCUCCACCAAUGGCGAGCCAGAAAGCCCGAGCAGGAAGCUGAGUCGUCCGAGGCGAAGCCGCUCGAUGCGUCGAAGCACGACGGAGAUCCAGACCGCCUGGCUGCCGGACCUGCAGUACCAGAGAGACACGGUGGAGGAGACACAGGCCGGUCUGGACCAGGAAUACAACUCCCUGUACAGCCUGGUGAAGUCGAAGACGAGGAUUCUGGAGGAAACGCUGCGUCUGCAUCGCUUCUACAACAGCUGCCAGGAGUUUGAGUCGUGGAUGGAGGACAAGGAGAACAUCCUGAACACCUUCAGCACCGACGGAGACAAUCUGGGAGUCGUUCAGGCCAAGUAUGAGAACUUCCUGACUGAGUUGGUGAGUGGGCGGGGCCAGCUGGAUGACAUCAUCAAACUGGGGGAGGAGCUGGUGAGGCGUCGCCACAGUAAGCAGAAGGAGAUCCAGGCCAGGCAGAGGAGAGUCUCCAGCAGGUGGGAUCGAAUCCAGCAGCUGAAGGAUGAAAAAGGUCACGAGCUGCUGAGUACGGCCGACGUCCAGAUGUUCCUGCGGAGCUGUGAAGAAGCUAAAGCCCAGCUUCAGUCUCAGAUGUCCCAGAUGAACGCCGUGGACGUCGGCUGCAGCUCCUUCACUCUGCAGAACGAGGAGAAGAACCAGAGCCAGGCCCUCAGAGACAUCCAGGUCCUGGAGGGGAAGAUCUCCUACCUGAAGAGCAUCGCCAAGAUGAAGCAGGACUGCAGUCCAGCAGAAAGUGCCGCCAUCAUGGAGGAGGUUCGAGGUUUGGAGGCUCUUCUGAAGCAGGUGAAGCGUCGGGCAGCAGACAGACAGCGCCACCUGGAGGACGCCCGCCGGCUGCAGAGCUUCCAGCAGCAGGCCAAGGAGCUGCAGCGCUGGGCGGGGUCGGUCCAGGAGCGCCUCCUGCAGGAGGAGUCGGCCGGAGACGUGGCCUCGGCUGUAGCUCUGCUGGAGCAACACCAGGAGCUGAGGCUGGAGAUGGAGGAGCAGAGGAGCAGGCUGAAGGAGAUGGAGAAGUUGGGUAAAUCCCUCCAUCAGGGUUCGACCGGUGGCGUCGACAUCCAGCAAACCCUGAAGGAACUCGGCUCUGAUUGGUCCGAGCUGGACAGGCUGUGGACCAAUAAAAAGCAGCGUCUGGAGCAGGGGGUGGAGCUACAGAGGCUGAACCAGGAAGGAGAUCGAAUCGAGGCGACGCUGUCCGGACACGAAGCCCGGCUGAGGGUCAAAGACGUCGGGGACUCGGUGGACAGUGUUCACAGCCUGCUGGGCCGGCAGGAGGAGCUGGAAGGUCUCCUGAAGGCUCUGGACCAGCGGGUGGACAACUUCAGCGAACGCAGCAAAGAACUGAUUGACCAACAGCACUACGCUGCUAAACACAUCAAGGAGCGCAGCAAGAGCAUCCAGAAGGCCAACAAGAGGCUGAAGGAAAGCAGCAGGCAGAGGAGGAACCUGCUGCUGGCCUCCAAGAAGUACCAGGAGUUCCAGAGAGACGCCGAGGAGCUGCUGCUGUGGAUGGAGGAGAAGUUUAAGGUGGCUGAAGACGAGUCGUACCGCGACCCCACAAACAUCCUCAGGAAGCUGAAGAAACACGAAGCGGCCGAGAAGGAGAUGCAGGCCAACCAGGUGUGGCUGGACAGACUGGUUCAGCUGGGACAGGAGAUGCUGGCUGAGGAGCAUCACAACAGUCAGAGCAUCAGCAGGACGUCCUCUCUGCUCAGCAGCCGCUGGAGGAGGCUGCAGGACAAGAUGGCCGACAGAGGAGACAAACUGAGGCAGGCGGGGCAACAGGAGCAGCUGAUGGAGCUGCUGCAGGACGCCAAGCUGAAGAUCGAGGCCAUCCAGUGGAUGCUGAACAACGCCUCCAAAGGUCACGACCUGCGCUCCAGCCGACAGCUGCUGAAAGAGCAUCAGCAGCUGGAGCAGGAGGCCAAGGAGCUGGCGGAGAAGAUCAACUCCAUCGUCAGCAGAGCUCAGCAUCUGGCCUCCAACCACUUUGACUCUCACAGGAUCCUGCAGGAGACGGACACGUACCUCACUCUGUUCAAAUCCCUGCAGAAGCCUCUGGACCAGCGUCGAGCUCAGCUGGAGGCGUCGGUGAAGCUGUUUGAGUUCUAUCACGACGUGGAUCUGGAGCUCAGCUGGAUCUCUGAACGGGUUCCUGCUUCGGUGUCUACAGGAUACGACAAAUCUCUGGCCGGAGCCACCAGCCUGAUGCAGAAACACAAGGAGCUGCAGGCUGAAGUUAACGCCCACAGAAAACAUCUGAACCACGUCCUGGAAAAAGGAAAACGUCGAGCUAAAUCCAGCAAAUCAGACUCUGAGGAAGUGCUGCAGAGGUGCAACCACCUGAGUGCAGAGUGGGAGGAGCUUGAGGAGGCCUGCAGCAGGAGAGCAGCUCACCUGUCCAAAGCCAUCACCAGAGAACAGCUUCUGCUGGACUGCUCAGAGCUGGAGUCCAGACUCACCGAGAUGCUGAGUCUGGUGAACACCGAAGAUUACGGCAAAGACCAUCUGGCCACGCAGAGUUUGAUCACCAAACACCAGGUGUUGGAGGGCCAGCUGGAGGUCCUGGAGGUGGAGGUGGAGGAGCUAGGAGACCAGGUGGACCAGGCUCUCCAGAACUGGAGCCUGGAGGAGCUCAGCAGACCUUCUAGUCGGGUCAGCAGCCUCCACCAGGAGCUGCAGCACCAGGCAGCCCUCAGGGGUCAGAAACUGAACGAAGUCCUUCAUCUGCACGAGUUCAGACGAGAAGCCUCAGAGUUGGAGGACUGGAUGAACCAGCAGAGACAGACGGCAGAGUCUCAGGACCUGGGCAACGACUACCAGCAUGUCCAGCUGCUUCGUGGGAAGUUUGAAGGUUUCCUGAAGCAGCUGGAGGUGGGAGAAGAUCGACUGCAGGCCUGCAGCGACUCGGCAGCUCGACUGAUACGCAGCAAACAUCCUCAGAGUUCUGCAGUGAAAGACGCUCUGCAGCAGCUCAGGUCCAGCUGGGAGGAUCUAAAAGUCGUGGCAAAGGAGCGUCAGGAUCGUCUGCAGACAGCUGAGGAAUGUCACCGAUUCUACAGAGACCUGAGCGACGCUCUGACGCUCAUACAGGAGCGACAUAAGAGCAUCCCCGACGACGUGGCGAAGGAUCUGCGAGGAGUGAUGUCACAGCUGAGGAAACAUGAAGCUCUGCUGCAUGAACUGGCCACCACCGAGGAGCAGCUGCAGGAGCAGUUGGACGCCGUGGACCUCGUCCUGGAUCUCUGCACGCCGCAGCUGAAGCUCCGCCUCCAGGAAGUACAGCAGGAAGUGGUGGAGAAGUGGGAGGAGCUCCGACUUCACACUGAACGGAGGGAGGAGGAGCUUAAACUGACCUGUCAGAGAUACACGUUCCUCAACACAGCACAGGACUUCCUGCUGUGGUGCAGUCAGCUGAUCGGCUCCAUGGCGGCCGAGGAGAGCAUCAGCGACGUGGCGACGGCCGACCUGCAGCUGGCUCAGCACCAGCAGCUGUGGGCCGAGAUGGAGGCCUGGCAGGAGACCUACCAGCAGGUUCUGGACAUGGGAGAGGAGCUGCAGAAGCAGGAUCGGAGCGACCGCAGGGAGGUGCUGGACAAGCUGGAGGCUCUGCAGGGAGAAAGAGACAAACUGGAGGACCACUGGAAGAAGAAGCAGAGCUGGCUGGAGACCGUUCACCUGGAGCAGAUCUUCUACAGAGACAUCAGCAGCAUGGACAAGACGUCCAACUCACAGGAGAUCCUGUUGCAGAGCAGCACUCUGGGAAACACCGUGGACGAGACAGACGGUUUGAUCAAACGCCAUGAAGCUUUUGAGAAGCUACUGGGCCUGCAGGAGGACAAGAUCUCCUCUCUGAAGGAUCUCGCCGACCGUCUGAAGAAGCAGCUGAGCAAAGAGAAGAGUGGGCGGGUCAAAACCAGACACAGAGCUCUGCUGCAGAGACGGGCCAGGAUCAGAGAGCUGUCCGUCAAACGCAGAGAGGAGCUGGAGCUGUCCAGGCAUCUCUGCAUCUUCAGCAGAGACGUCGCCCAGGCCGAGGAGUGGGUGUCUGAGCGGAUGCAGAAGAUGGCGGAGGACGGAACAGCCGACCUGAGCAAUCUGCAGACCAAGAUGAAGCUGCUGCAGAAACAUCAGGUGUUUGAGGCAGAGAUCCUGGCUCACAGCGAGAUCAUCGACUCAGUGCUGAAGGCCGGUACCGAGCUGGUCUCCCUCCGCCAUCCUCAGUCCAAAGAGGUAAAGAAGAGCGCAGCGACAUUGGAGCUCCACUGGGAGGCGCUGAAGAAGGCUGUGGCCACCAGAGGAAAAGCUCUGGAGGACAACAGAGACUUCCUGGAGUUCCUGCAGAAGGUGGAGGAGGUGGAGGCCUGGAUCAGAAACAAGGAGGUGAUGGUGAACGUUGGAGAUGUUGGGAAGGACUACGAACACGGAGUUCAGCUGAUGAAGAAGCUCAGCGAGUUCAGAGGGAGUAAAGACGGGGAGGUGACGGUGGAUGACGCUCACAUCACCGCCAUCAACCGGCUGGCGGCCCGGCUGGAGAAGAGGCAGAGCGCCGAGGAGCUGCAGACGGUGAGGCAGAGGAGGCAGCAGCUCAACGACAGGUGGAGCAAGUUCCACGGAGAUCUGAGCAGCUACAAGAAGAAGCUGGAGGGGGCGCUGGUGGUCCACGACCUGAUCAGGGAGCUGGAGGAGGUCCGAGACCGAGCCAACGAGAAGAUGCUGCUGCUCCAGGACCAGGACUGUGGAUCAGACGUGGACGGUGUGGAGAACCUGAUCAAACGCCAUGAGGAAACGGAGAGAGAAGCCGGCGUGAUCCAGGAGAGAGCCAAGUCUCUGGAGAAAGACGUCUCUGAUCAGCUGAAGGCUCGGUCGGUGCUGAGCGACAAACUGAAGAGCAAACAGAAGGAGGUGCAGAAAGCUCUGAAGACUCUGGAUCAAGAAGUCAAACACCGGAAGGAGAAGCUGCAGGAGGCUCACCAGCUGCAGCUCUUCAAAGCCAACCAGCGCCUCCUGCUGGAGUGGAGCCUCAAACAGAGCAGCGACAUGUCAGAGAAAGGACUCCCCAAGACCAGAACUGAGGCCGAGAGGCUCAUCGUGGAGCACCAGGACUGGAAGACUGAGAUCGACGCCCGAGCCGAGCGCAUCGACUCCGUCCAGGACUUCGGUCUGGGUCUGAUCCGGUCGGGUCACGGCUCACAGGCAGAGAUCCAGAAAGCUCUGAAGCAGCUGGAGGAAGCUAAAGCUGGUCUGGACCGGACCUGGCUGAACCGGAACACGACCCUGGAGCAGGCCCGAACCCUGCAGAUGUUCCUGUCCUCAGUGGAGCAGUGUGAGAGCUGGCUCAGCAGCAACGAGGCCUUCAUCUCCAACCAGGACCUCGGGAACUCUGUGAUGGAGGUGGAGACGCUGCAGAGGAAGCAGGUCCAGUUUGAGGAGGCUCUGGAGGCUCAGUGGGAGCAGCUGGACCAGGUGGACAAACUGGGCCAGACCAUGAUCCAGCAGAAACACUACGACGCUGACAACAUCCGGACCAAGAGCAGAGCGCUGAACCGCAGGCGGAGUCAGCUGCAGCAGCAGAGCAGAUCUCGUCAUAAAGCUCUGGAUCGUUCCCUGCAGCUGCAGCAGUUUUUAUCCAGCAGUUACCAGGUGUGUGUUUGGCUGAAUGAGCGUAAUGCCGUGGCGUUGGAUGAGAGCUGGAGGGAACCAACCAACCUUCAGGCCAAACUGCUGAAACAUCAGAGCUUCGAGGCUGAGAUCCUCGCUAACCGCUACAGAGUGGAUGCCCUCACUAAGGAGGGAGAGAAGCUUCUGUCUGAGUCUCGAUCAGCUGAUGUGAAGGUUGGACCUCGACUCAGAGAGCUGAUGGACAGCUGGGACGCUCUGAUUCAAAACUGCAAGGAGAAGAAGACCCGACUGCAGGAAGCCUACCAGGCGCUGCAGUUCCAGCGAUCAUUGGAUGACAUGGAGCAGUGUGUUGCAUCAGUGGAGAGAGAACUGACCAAUGAGGACUGUGGCAGUGACUUACCUUCUGUCAACAGGCUGCUGAAGGCUCUGCAGGGCCUGGAGGAGGAAGUGGACGGACACCGGGACCGAAUCCAGGGUCUGGUGGAGACGGCGAAGAGCUUCCACUCUCAGGGAAACUUCCUGGCUGAGGAGAUCCAGACCAGAGUGGCUCAUACCAUCAACAAGUACAACGGUCUGUCGGAGCCCAUGCAGAACCGCCGGGAGACCCUGGAGGCCUGGCAGGUUCUGUUCCAGUUCUACAGAGACCUGGAGGAGGAGGUGGCCUGGCUGAGCGACAGACUGCCCUCCAUCACGGCCACAGACUGGGGGAGUUCACUGAGCAGCAUCCAGCAGCUGCUCCACAAACACCAGGCUGUGAUGCAGGAGAUCUCAGGUCGCACCCCAUUGGUCCAGGCUGUCCAGGAGGCGGGACACAGUCUGGUCAGGGGUCGACACUUCGCGUCUCACGACAUCCGAGAGCGUCUGGAGGAGCUGAAGAGUCUCCAUGAGAAGCUGCUGAAGGAGGCGGAGAAGAAGGGGAAGCUCCUGCAGGAGGCGCUGAACAUCCACACCUUCCUCACAGAACUGUCGGAGAUGCAGAUCUGGUUGGAGGAGCAGCGAGUCGGUUUGGAGUCCCGGGACUGUGGGAGGACUGAGGAGGCGACGGAGGCUCUGCUGAGGAGGCUGGACUCUGUGGAUGUGGAGCUGGAGAACCAGAGGAGGACGGUGGAGAAGCUGCAGGAGAACGGAGCGUCGCUGCAGCACCUCCGACAUCCAGACAGCCGUCUGGUCAGCGAGUCUCUCCCCGCCGUCCUAGAAAAAUUUGAGACUCUCCUCAAACUGUCUGCGUGUCGUCGCGCCGCCCUGGAGGAUCAGCUCCGCCUCUACGUGUACGAGAGAGAGGCCAAAGAACUACAAACAUGGCUGACCUCCAGGAGGACGGUGGCAGAGUCUGAGGACUGUGGACAAGAUCUGGAGGAUGUGGAGGUCCUCCAGAAGAAGCUGGAGGUUCUGGUGUCGGAGGUGUCCGGUCUGGGUCGCAGCCGGCUGACCUCGGUGCAGCAGCUGGGUCGGGGGCUGCAGCAGGACGGUCAGGCCCGGAGGAGGGACGACGCUCUGAGCCGGCUGUGGGACGAACUGAACGGCAGCAUCAGAACCAGAGAGCAGAACCUGCAGGCAGCGAGGGAAGUCCACCAGUUCAACCACGACGUGGACGAGCUGAAGGGCUGGAUGUUAGAGAAGGAGGCGGUUCUGGACUCGGAGGAUCAGGGACACGACCUGCAGGCGAUCCAGACUCUGCUGAGGCAACACGAGGCUCUGGAGACCGACCUGCUGCUGAUCUCAGAGGAGGUGACCCGGUGCAGCGAGGCGGGCCGGGCUCUGAGCCGACGGCAGCCUCGGGUCAGAACCUCGGUGGCUCAGCGGCUGGAGGAGCUGCAGAGCUGCUGGACCAGCAUCCAGGACAAAUCCUCCCAGCGCCGGGCCAGACUGGGCCAGGCCGAGGACGUCCAGAGAUACUUCUCCCAGUGCUCCGAGCUCAUGGCCUGGCUGAAGGAGAUGCUGUCCCUGGUGAAGGUGGACAUCAAGAGUUUGGAGGGAAGCGACCUCGAGCAGCUCAUCAAAAAACACAACGAGUACCGAGUCCAGAUGGACCGGCAGCUCAGCAGAUCUCAGGCUGUGAAGGACGAAGGACGGCGGCUGAUGGAGGACAGAAACUUCAUGUCUCAGGAGGUGGAGGAAUGGAUCUGUGACCUGGAGGAUCUGGAGCUGCAGCUGGAGAAGGUUUGGGAGGAGAGUCGGCUGCUGUACCAGGAGGAGCUGGAGAUCAGCCUCCUGCAGAAGGAGCUGGACCAGGCCGAACGCUGGCUGAGCUCCUACGAAGCAACGCUGACCGCUGAAGACUACGGGGAUUCUGUGUCGGAUGUGUUGGAGCUGCUGAAGAGGCAGGAGGACCUGGAGGCCAUGAUCCAGACUCAGAGCGAGAAGUUCAUCGCUCUGCAGAAGAAGAAAACUCAGAGGGAGAAGAGACUCGGUCUUCACGGACCUGAGGACAGAGAUCUGCACUACAGAAGACCUCCAGCCAGAGUUUCCUCCCUGAGGAGAAAACCAUCAGAACCAAAGACCUCCAGGACCUCCAGAGACGUCGUACGUCGACUGAGCAUCGGCAGACCGACGGACCGAACGCUCAGACAGAAGACAGACGUCAUCAGUCCUCAGGGUCCAUCUGUCCAUCCUGCAGCUUCAGCCAGCAGUCCUCCUGGUCGUCCCAACGUUGUGGUGGCCCACAGAAUCAGGAACAGACGCUCCUCUUCUUCUUCAUCCUCUGAGUCCUCCUCACUUGAAGAGCUUCAAUCCAGUCCCAGACCUCCUCAGUCUCCUUCAUCUCCUAAAACCUCCUCACCUGUAGAACCUCAUCCUAGAUCCAGACCUCCUCAGUCUCUUCCUCCCAAGCCUCCUUCAUCUCCUAAAACCUCCUCCUCACCUCCAGAACCUCGUCUCAGAUCCAAAAGUCCCUCAUCUCAUAAAUCCUCCUCCUCACAUGUAAAACCUCGAUCCAGACCUCCUCAAUCUCUUCCUCCCAAACCUCCUUCAUCUCCAAAAUCAUCCUCCUCAUCUCCAGAACCUCUACUCCGAUCCGAAAAUCCUUCAUCCCCUAAAAGCUCCUCACCUGUUAAACCUUGUUCUAGAUCUCCUCAGUCUCCUCCUCCUUCUCCUGAAACCUCCUCCUCUCCUCAAGAACCUCGCCUCAGAUCCAGAUCUCCUCCAUCUCCAAAAACCUCCUCCUCUCGUCCAGAACCUCGUCUGAGAUCCAAAAGUCCCUCGUCUCAUAAACCCUCCUCCUCACCGGUAAAACCUCGUUCCAGAUCUCCUCAGUCUCCUCCUUCAUCUCCUAAGUCGUCCUCCUCUCCUCCAGAACCUCGCCUCAGAUCCAGACCUCCUUCAUCUCCCUCCUCUCCUGCAGACCUUCGACCCAGAUCCAAACCUCCUCUGGCUCCAAAGCCCAGGUUCUUCUCCUCAGACGGGACGUCUGGACGUCGCUCCGAGUCCCGGGUCCAGGUGAAGAAGCUCACCACCCCACCUGACUCCCCUCCACUAAUCAGGAAGCUGGUUGCUCCCACUGAGGCUCCUCCUCCACCGGCUGCAGGAAGACGUCCUGAAUCACCGGAGCAGUUUGAUGUUCCUGAUUCUCAGCCGGUGACAUCACCACCAAUCAGAGAGGAGGAUUCAGAGUCACAUGACCUGGCUGCUCCGUCUCCUCCACAGCAACAGAAGACGAUGGAUCUACCUGAGGAACCACCAACACCUGUGGUGACUGGCGGACAGCCAAUCAGAAUGGAGGGAACGCUGGAGAUCAAACUGAAACAAGCAGGAAACAAGGGUCUGGAGCACUGGGAGGAAGUAUUCGCUGUUCUUCAAGGACAAACUCUGAGCCUGUUUAAAGACCAAGCAGCUGCUGCAGAGAGGACCUCUAGGUGGCCUCCUAUCAACAUGGUUGGAACCAUCUGCAGGGAAAACAAGUUCUACAGGAGGAAGGAGAACACCUUCAAGCUGAAUCUGGAGGAUGGAUCUCAGUUCAUGUUCUCAGCGUCCACCAAAGACCUGCAGCUGCUCUGGGUGAAGAAGCUGCAGAACCGAGCCGACUCGUCCAGCAGCGACUCAGAAGACUCCGGGAGAGCUUCAUCCGUUAACCUGAGUCUGGAGAAACUGGCUGAAGCUCCAGAGGAUUCGUCCUCCAAACAUCUGGACCGGAGAGCUGAGAGCCUGGAGAGACAAGCAUCUACAGAGGGUCAGCCUCCACCCAAACCCCCCCACACCUACUACAACAGACACUCCUACCCCGAGGGAGGGGAGGGGCUCCAGACAGGUUUCCAGAGCAACCACCAGAACCAGCCUCCACCAGAACCUCCAUCUGGACCUCCUGCCCAGGACCGGCCCACCACAACCCCCCAGCCACCAGAAGACUCCAUCAAACCCAGGAUGAACGUCUUCAGGAAGUUCUUCAGCAAGAAGUAGAUCAGCACUCAGCAUCCUUCACAAUAAAAGUCCAAUAAUCACAUUUUACAGAUAAUUAAAGUGCUUCAAACACAGAAAGCCUUAAAGAGAAACGAGAUGAGAGAAGAAUCAGAUGAACUUUUUAUCUUCUGAUUCAUUUUUAAUUAAAGCCCUUCAGCUCUGAGGAACCAGAACAUCAUGAAGAACCAGAGAGGACUCAGGAAAACUUCAAAUGUUCCUCCACAUACUGCAGAUGU